CUCAUCCUUUGAGUAGAUGAUCAACCAACUCCUCUGCUUCUCAACGAUUUCCUUGUUCCCAUUUGCUCUUUUUCCGACUCUCUCUCUCUCUCUCUAUCUCUCCCUUCCCCACUCUUUGUGGGUACCGUACUACUUUAGAGGCCUAAAUUAAGUUCUUUUAUAUACUUGGUCAGUGAAAUGGGCAGGUCUCCAUGUUGUGAGAAGGUGGGAUUGAAGAAAGGGCCAUGGGCCUCUGAGGAAGACCAAAAGCUUUUGGAUUACAUAGAAAAACAUGGCCAUGGAAGCUGGCGAGCCUUGCCGGCAAAGGCUGGGCUUCAGAGAUGUGGGAAGAGCUGCAGAUUGAGAUGGACUAACUACCUCAGGCCUGAUAUUAAAAGAGGAAAGUUUAGCUUGCAGGAAGAGCAGACCAUCAUUCAGCUCCACGCUCUACUCGGGAACAGAUGGUCUGCUAUAGCAACUCACUUGCCCCAGAGAACCGAUAACGAGAUCAAGAACUACUGGAACACGCAUCUCAAGAAAAGACUUGCUAAGAUGGGCAUCGAUCCCGUGACCCACAAGCUCAAAAGCGAUGCCCUGUGCUCCGGCAGCGGCCACUCCAAAGGCGCAAACAGUUUAAGCCAUAUGGCUCAGUGGGAGAGCGCACGGCUGGAAGCCGAAGCCAGACUGGGAAGAGAAUCCAAGCUUGUGUCUUACCCUAUCCAACAACAGCUCAGCACCCCUUUUCCGGCUCAGCUCAUCAGCAAAAACCCAACUCAACCCGCACUACCUCCAUGCCUUGACGUACUCAAAGCAUGGCAAAGGGUAUGGUCGAAGUCGAUGAGUGCCGGCAUUUUCCCAAUCGCCGGCGACGACCUCGAGUCUCCAACAUCAACGUUGAACUUCUCCGAGAACGCACUCCCCAUCCAAACUAUUGCAUUCAAUGAAAGCACAAAGACUGCAGCACUUGAUUUCGCUAAAAGCUCAGUUACUUGCGAAGGGGGGUUUACCAAAGAAGUCCGUCAAAUGGCAGAACUCAAAGAAAGAUCGGAUGACGCGAUGGUAUUGCAGGACAUGACGUAUACUAUGGAAAGUGCAUGGUUUGAGGACUCUUUUAGGGAUGGGAAUGAAAACAUGCCUCUCUCAUAUAUCAUGGAAGGUUUCACGAAUAUCUUGGCUUAUAGUUGUGACGGACAGAACUCAUCGAUGGCUGGAGAGAACUUGGAUAAUGGGGAGAAUAACAAGAAUUACUGGAACAGCAUACUCAAUCUGCUGAAUGCUUCGUCAUCUGCAGGUUCGCCUGUGUUCUGAAAGUGUCGAACAAUUUUCUGAGAUCAGGUUGCAGGAUA